AAGGAUUUUUGAGGUAUUAAAUCUUCUAUGACGAAGGAGCUUGGUGGAUUGAAAAGAGGAGCUUCCAGGAAAUACGGAACGAUAGCUGUCAACAGUGCUGGUCGAAGUUAAAAAUCCGUCCAAGGAUAUGCAGUCAACUUAAGCCUUAGAACUAAGAUGGCUGUUAUUGAAAUUGUAAGUUAGAACAGGUUAUUCGCGAAGACGAAAGCUUUAAGGAAAGGUUCCAAACCAAGCUUCUAAGAACGUGAAACAAUGAACAACACAACCGAUGUAGGAUUCGUGUUUAACACAAGCGAUGGAAAUAUCGUUGCAGCAUUCUUCGUCGCCCUUCUGAUGCUGUUGACAUUGGUGGGAAAUAUCAUGGUGUGCGCCUGCUUUUACUAUUAUCGUGAUCUCAGAACAAUUUGUAACUACUUUAUCAUUAGUCUAAGUGUAGCAGAUAUCUUAGUGGCGCUAUUAGCGAUGCCUUUCUGGCUGGUGCUGCAGUUAACUGAUAUGGAUGAAAAAUCCAGAAACGUUUUCUCAGGAGAGUUGUACAGUUUCUGGGCAAGUAUUGACAUCCUUGUUGGGUCGGCGUCCAUUAUGAAUCUUGUAGCCGUCAGCUUUGACCGUCAUCUAGCUAUCACCGCGCCAUUUUCGUACAGCAAAUCGCUGACUUCGUUUAGAGCAAUUAUCAUGAUAGUUGCGUUGUGGGUAUUCUCUAUCUUGCUCUGCGGUCUACAUGUUCCCGCGGUAAAAACGGCAAAAAUGCGUUCUGCAUAUCAAAUUGGUCUCGUGGUGGUUAGCUUCAUUGUCCCUCUGUUUCUUAUGUUUGUCAUGUACAUGAAAAUAUACUUUGUGGCAAGAAAUCAAGCGCUCCGCAUUGGUCGAAAUUAUGCCAAGGACAUCAAAGCAACCAAGACCAUAGCUAUUGUUAUUGGAGCGUUUGUUGUAUGCUGGAUGCCUUUCUUCGCAAUACUCACUUUGUAUGCAUUAAAACCUGAUUAUAAAGUCAACACUGAAGGUAUGAAGGCAAUCAAAUGGUUGGAAUACCUCAACUCGUUCUUGAACCCAAUCAUCUACACCUGUUUAAAUCGCACCUAUCGUCGUGCCUUCAGGAAACUUUUGCUUCGUUCGUCUUGUUGUACGGGCCGUGGAUCAUCUGGACGCCUCAACUGCGUUCAAUCAACACAUUCUUCGUUCCACAAGACGAAAGCGGAGUCUCUUUCUCACAGUUCGUCUUCAGUCUCCGAGAAUGGAAAUGUCUAUACUCAAAGAAGCCCCAAGAUGGAGGGCACAAGAGUCUAGAAUUAAUCUCAUUCAGUUCUUCUCUGUAAAACAAAAUAAAUUCGCUCGGAAAAUAUAAAAUGCCCUAUAACAUUCAUUUUGAAAUCACUGAUGUUCUGUUUGAUAUCUGAUUGGUUCUCGGCACUACAGUUUAUUUACGAAUCGCAAUAUAUUUUGCUCUAAUUCGCAUCUUUUGCCAUUAAAACAUUACGGCCAUCAGACUAUAAGGCUUGUUUAAAGUGACCAAUCAAAUUUAGGAAAAGGAAGACGAAAAAGUCACUGUGUGGCAAAUUUUGUCUUCAAAACGUUUCUCUCUAUUUCCAUAGAAAGGGAUGAGUAUAAUUGGGGAUUAAAUUUUCCGAUUUCAAAAUGGAUGUAAUAAAGUAGUAAUUGAGCUUUGUGCCGUACAAUCAGUUUGGUCGAACUCCCACUUGUGAUUUCAAAUCGAACUCGUGCUGCGCGCUCGUUCGAUUUUGCAAUCAUGCAUAUGAUUCCAGUCCAAAUUGCGCUUCACUUAGUCCAAUUACUGUUAUCUAUUUCAAGUGUAUCACAGGUGAAUCACAAGACUACGUAACAAAGACGGAAGGUAGUUAAACCGUCUGAGGUGGCUCCAUGUGUAGCCAUUGCAAAGCAAUGUCAAAGGUACACGUGGCUUCCACGAAAUAAAUUCUGCCACAUUCCAUCGUCUCCCGGAAUAAGUCCAAAAAGUGAUUAAAAUAAAUCAGACAAUCGUAAUACGAAAGAGGAAAGGAUAAACGGCUUCCUCGUCGCGUUCAUAUUCGGCAGCUAUUCAAAAAAAUGCAAUUUAGUGUAUUACCAGCUGCUGUACUGUCUCAGUGAAACUUAGACGCGCUUAAAAAAAAAAGCAAAAAGAACGUAGAAGCAGACCACCAGUUACUGUUAGUGAGUUAGGUGCCCCUAUGUGAGGUGCUCUAGUCCAGUUGUUUACAAUAAGUAUACGAGAGGAUUUAAUAGAUUAAUAAUCAAUUUAAUAGCUUAACUUUUGGAGAAGCGCACUUCCUUCGUUUUCCUUAUCAUCUAUAUAUGUAACUUAAACUAAUGGUCGAAACAUACUGAUGGCCGGGACGGCUCGCCUUCCUGAUCGCACUACGGUUGAUCCGCCUAAAUAUAGUGCCUGCCACUGAAAAGAUGAGCCCAAAAAGUUCGUGCAAUACCCAUUUAUUAACUGAAUAAAUGUAAAUACUUCGUUGAGUCGAUUAUAACUAGCCAGGCCGAAAGAUAAUA